UCACCAACCCCAAACCUGAGCUUUCCAGCAAGGACCAGCCUGGGUCAAGAGCUGCAAUGAGAAUGAUGUGGAUGGUUCCUACCCAGCUGUCCUGCGGGGAAAGCUGGGUGCCAUGGCUGUGCCACUGUGGCUGCUGCUGGCCCUGCUGGGCUGUGCCACAGCUCCAGAUCCUGCCCUGGAGGAGACGUGGGAAGGGUGGAAGAGUCUCCAUGCCAAGGAGUACCCAGCGGAGGCUGAGGCCACUCGCAGGGAGGUGUGGGAGCAGAACCUGCGGCGCAUCCAGCGGCACAACCGGCAGGAGGCAGAGGGGCAGCACAGCUUCCGCCUGGCCAUGAACCACCACGGGGACCUGACAGAUGAGGAGUUCAAUCAGCUCCUGAACGGCUUCAGCCCAGCACGGUGGGAUGAGCCAGCACUGACCUUCAAAGCAUCAGCAGCCCUGAAGACCCCAGCAGAGGUGGACUGGAGGGCAAAGGGCUACGUGACGCCCGUAAAGAACCAGGGACACUGUGGGUCCUGUUGGGCAUUCAGUGCCACGGGGGCCUUGGAGGGGCUUGUCUUCAACCAGACAGGCAAGCUGGUGGUGCUGAGUGAGCAAAACCUCAUCGACUGCUCCUGGAAGCUGGGCAACAAGGGCUGCCAGGGUGGCUACAUGACUCGAGCCUUCCAGUACGUGCAUGACAACGGCGGCCUCAACUCCGAGCUCCUCUACCCUUACCUGGGCACGGACACCUCUAGCUGCAAAUACAGCCCCCAGGACAAGGCAGCCAACUGCUCUGCCAUCUGGCAGGUGGCCCAGGGCAGUGAGGCAGCGCUGGAGCAGGCAGUGGCCACCGUGGGCCCUGUGUCUGUGGCAGUGGAUGCCAGCAGCUUCCACUUCCACUUCUACAAGUCAGGCAUCUUCAGCAGCAGGUUUUGCAGCCAGGAGGUGAACCACGGGAUGCUGGCCGUGGGCUACGGCAGGAGCCAGCAGCCUGGGCACAACGCCAGCUUCUGGAUCUUAAAGAACAGCUGGUCGGAGCGCUGGGGCGAGCAGGGCUACAUUCGCCUGCUCAAGGGUGCCGACAACCUCUGCGGGGUGGCCAACCAGGCCAGCUUCCCCGUGCUGUGAGCCAGGACAGCCCUGCCCGCAGCCCUGCCCGCAGCCCUGCCCGCCGGGCCCCGGCUGCUGCCUGCCGUCUGCCGUCGGAAGCGAACCGCAGCGGCGCCGCCGAUUGCUCCGCGCCCGCGAACGGCGGCUGGGGCAAGGCUCCCUCCCCACCAUGCUCUGCAGCCUUCCUCCCAUCUCCUCCCCACACCCUGCCCCGCGCCUCCUUUCCCUUCCAGGUGAAUCCCAAAGCUAGGGCUGGAUCCCAGGAUCCCAGGAUGUCAGGGGUUGGGAGGGACCCAAAGAGAUCAGGGCUGGGGGAUAGGUUGGACUGGAUGAGCUUGGAGCUCUCUUCCAGCCUGUUUGAUUCUGUGACCCAGUCCAACCCUGCUGCCAGAGCAGCACCAUCCAGCCUAGCCCAGGGCACACAGGAGCACAUCCAGACUGGCCUGGAAAGGCUCCACACAAGGAGACUCCACAACCUCUCUGGGCAGCCUGUGCCAGGGCUCUGGGACCCUUCCAGGCAAGAAGUUUCCCCUUGUGCUGAGCUGGAACCUCCUGUGCUGCAGCAGUGUGUGGUUAGGGCAGGGCAGAGCCUUCCUGUGCACCCAGCCCUGUGCAUUGCUUAGAACCAUAGAAUCACAGAAUCAGGCAGGCUGGAAGAGAGCUCCAAGCUCCUGCAGCACAACCUAGCACCCAGCCCUGGCCAAGCACCAGCCCAUGGCACUCAGUGCCCCAGCCAGGCUUGGCUUCAACACCUCCAGCCACAGCCACUCCACCACCUCCCUGGGCAGCCCAUUCCAGUGCCAAUCACUCUCUCUGACAGCAACUUCCUCCUAACAUCCAGCCUCAACCUGCCCUGCCACAGCUUCAGCCUGGGUCCCCUUCUUCUGGCCCUGGCUGCCUGGCAGCAGAGCCCAACCCCAGCUGGCUACAGCCUCCCUGCAGGCAGCUGCAGGCAGCAAUCAGCUCUGCCCUGAGCCUCCUCUGCUGCAGGCUGCACCCCCCCAGCUCCCUCAGCCUCUCCUCACAGGGCUGUGCUCCAGGCCCCUCCCCAGCUUGACUCCUGCCGCUCUAUUAAAGCCUUACCGUGCACGGAC